CUAUAGGCUAUAGCAACCCCGACGCCGGUCCUCCUCCAGCAGCGGCACGACCGCAAAUCUCUUCUAAUGAGGCCAUUCCGCGGAGCACUGCCACAAGGCGGAAAACAUCAAUGAUGUCUAGCGGCGGGGAUGCGUGCACCAUGAGGCGGCACCGGGUUUUAGAUCCAUUAUGCACGACGGUCGAGUCAGGAUGACGUCGUAGGUAGCUAUACACUGUUGAAGACAUUUUCUUUUGAAAUGAAACUAUUGAAGAUGAGAUGUUUACAAUAGAUGGAUCGAUUGAUCCGUACAGUACAGGCAAGAGCUGGCUGCACGUAGGAACCAGAUGUGACAUGCAUGGUUAUAUAUCUCUGACUGCUUGGACGUGAAAUGAGGCUUUCUUUUAUGUGAAAAAGAGAAGAAUGAACCACAAACGAUACACGUAGGUAGGCACGUCGCGACGCAAGUUGAUCCUCCUUGCAAGUUCAAAGCAAAAUACAAGUCCGCGAUGCCAUACGUACGACGACGCGAUGCCGGCGGGAAACACGUAUACGUACGUGUAAAGAGCUAGUGUCUGUUUUCCUUGUACCGUCGGGACUCGGUUGCCGAUUCGAAUCCGACUGGACUCGACUCGAUUGCCUCCGUCCGUCUCGGCGUACGUGUGGAUGCUGCAUGGGCCGACUCGGACCUGAAGCUGUCCAUGAGAGUACAUAUAAUAGGACAUCUAGCCACCUCCCUUCAAUCCAUCAAACCAAACCACAUCCAGCAGAUCGACACACACGGUACGACCAACCUCCAUCGAACAGCCGACGUGAUCGAGGUCGAUCGACAAGCUUAAGGUAGCCGGCAAGCCAGCCAACAUGGGCUGCAGCAUGAGCCGCCUCCUCAAGGCUACCGUCGCUCUGGUCAUACUCGUCCUUCUCUUCAUGCCCGGGGCCAUGGCAGCCGCCGCCGCAAGCUUCGACGCCUCGCGGGCACAGCAGCUGCCCCUGCCGCCCGGAGAAGUGCACGGGCCCGAGAGCGUCGCCUUCGACGCUCAGGGCCGAGGCCCCUACAGCGGCGUCUCCGACGGCCGCAUCUUGAGGUGGAACGGGCCCAAGCUCGGCUGGACGACAUACGCCUACGGACCAGGCUACGACAGCGAAACGUGCACCACAUCCAGGUUUGGCACCGAGGCGGACAUAGAGAGCCGCUGCGGCCGCCCGCUUGGCCUGCGCUUCAACGAGAAAACGGGCGACCUCUACGUGGCCGAUGCGUACAAAGGGCUUAUGCGUGUGCCGCCCGGCGGCGGGGAGGCCACCGUGUUGGUCGACCAGAUUGAUGGCAUGCCGCUGCGCUUCACCAACGGGGUUGACGUCGAUCAAGUCACCGGUCAAGUCUACUUCACCCACAGCUCGAUGAACUACGACAGGUCAGAACACGAGAUGGUCACCAAGACGGGGGACUCCACGGGCCGCCUUAUGAUGUAUGAUCCACGAACAUCGGACGCCACCAUGCUCCAACCUAGGAUGACAUACCCGAACGGCGUCUCGCUCAGCGCCGACCGCACGCACCUCGUGGUCGCAUCUACCGGCCCAUGCAAGCUGCUGAGGCACUGGAUAAGAGGGGUCGACGCGGGCAAGUCCGAGCCAUUUGCCGACCUGCCGGGCUACCCAGAUAAUGUCAGGCCCGACAGGAAAGGAGGUUAUUGGGUGGCGUUGCACCGUGAGAAGAAUGAGUUGCCCUUUGGCCGUGAUAGCCAUCUUCUUGCGGUCAGGGUCGGGGCCGAUGGGAAGAUAGUUGAGCAGAUGAGAGGGUCAAAGAAAGUCAGGCCAACCGAGAUCAUGGAAAGAGAUGACGGCAAACUCUACCUGGGUUCGGUGGAGCUUCCUUAUGUCGGCGUAGUAAAAAGGAAGUAGAGAGAAGUAGAGGAUAGUAUCUAUAGGAUGGCUUUUAGUUUUUUAUUAUUCUUGCGACUAAAUGUAAUGCUCCAGUUUCUUUUUGUAUCAGGCAAACUAUUGUAAUCCUUAUGUUUAUGAUCA